AUUGUGCCUGUCAUUUGGCUUGGGGAACAGAGCUCGCCAUGGGACGACCUCAAAGAUAUCUCUCCAAAAUGGGUCUCUUACUUGGGUGAUGUGUCUGCUGCCUUGACUGUCUUCUACCCAGAGGAUUUAUUUUCCUUUUGGAAAUAUUUUAAGUUGAAGUCUUGUUCCUUACUGGAAAUUUCCGUCGCUAAAGACUACAUACAAGAUGGGUGAUAUGGCAAACAACUCGGUUGCAUAUAGUGGUGUAAAAAAUGCUGUCAAAGAAGCUAAUCAUGGAGAAUUUGGAGUCACUCUUGCAGAGCUCCGUUCUCUUAUGGAACUUCGAGCUACAGAUGCACUGCAUAAAAUACAGGAAUGCUAUGGAGAUGUGCAGGGCAUCUGUACAAAAUUGAAAACUUCACCAAAUGAAGGUUUAAGUGGAAAUCCAGCAGAUAUAGAAAGGAGAGAAGCAGUUUUUGGGAAGAACUUUAUACCUCCUAAAAAGCCAAAAACAUUUCUUCAGUUAGUAUGGGAAGCACUACAGGAUGUUACACUAAUUAUAUUAGAAAUUGCAGCCGUAGUGUCCUUGGGCCUUUCUUUUUACCAGCCUCCUGGAGGAAAUGAAGCAUUAUGUGGAUCAGUAAAUGUUGGUGAAGAGGAGGAGGAAUCUGAAGCAGGUUGGAUUGAAGGAGCAGCAAUCCUCCUUUCUGUAGUUUGUGUUGUAUUAGUAACAGCUUUCAAUGACUGGAGUAAAGAGAAACAAUUUCGAGGACUGCAGAGCCGUAUUGAACAAGAACAGAAAUUCACAGUCAUCAGAGGUGGCCAAGUCAUCCAAAUACCAGUAGCUGACAUAAUUGUUGGAGAUAUUGCACAAGUGAAAUAUGGUGACCUUUUACCAGCUGAUGGCAUCCUCAUUCAAGGAAAUGACCUCAAAAUUGAUGAAAGCUCACUAACUGGAGAGUCUGACCAUGUUAAGAAGUCUUUGGACAGAGAUCCUAUGCUGCUUUCAGGUACUCAUGUGAUGGAAGGCUCUGGAAGGAUGGUAGUUACUGCUGUAGGUGUGAACUCUCAGACUGGAAUCAUCUUCACUUUGCUUGGGGCUGGAGGAGAUGAAGAGGAGAGAAAAGAGAAGAAGGACAAGAAAAGCAAAAAGCAAGAUGGAGCUGUUGAGAACCGCAACAAAGCUAAAGCUCAAGAUGGUGCAGCUAUGGAAAUGCAGCCACUGAAGAGUGAGGAUGGUGUGGAUGGAGAUGAAAAAGACAAGAAGAGAUCAAAUUUGCCAAAGAAAGAAAAAUCUGUUCUCCAAGGCAAACUUACAAAGCUUGCAGUUCAGAUUGGCAAAGCAGGUUUGUUGAUGUCUGCAAUCACAGUCAUUAUCCUUGUGUUGUAUUUUGUAAUUGAUACCUUCUGGGUUCAGAAGCGACCCUGGCUUGCUGAAUGUACACCAAUUUAUAUUCAGUAUUUUGUGAAGUUCUUCAUUAUUGGAGUUACAGUCUUAGUGGUGGCAGUACCAGAAGGUCUUCCGCUUGCAGUCACCAUAUCAUUGGCUUAUUCUGUUAAGAAAAUGAUGAGAGACAAUAACUUGGUGAGACAUCUGGAUGCAUGUGAAACAAUGGGUAAUGCCACAGCUAUUUGCUCAGAUAAAACAGGAACAUUGACUAUGAACAGGAUGACAGUGGUCCAAGCUUACAUCAGUGAAAAACAUUACAAAAAAAUUCCAGCACCGGAAGCUAUUCCAGAGAAUAUCAUGGCUUACCUUGUCACAGGAAUUUCUGUUAAUUGUGCUUACACUUCCAAAAUACUGCCUCCUGAAAAAGAAGGUGGUCUACCACGUCACGUUGGAAACAAAACUGAAUGUGCCUUGCUGGGUUUUCUUUUGGAUUUAAAACGUGAUUAUCAGGAUGUACGAAAUGAGAUACCAGAAGAGAAGUUACACAAAGUGUACACCUUCAACUCUGUUAGAAAAUCUAUGAGUACUGUGUUAAAAAACUCUGAUGGCAGUUUCCGAAUAUUCAGUAAAGGUGCCUCCGAGAUAGUUCUUAAAAAGUGCUUCAAAAUACUGAGUGCUGAUGGAGAACCAAAGGUAUUCAGACCUAGGGACCGUGAUGAUAUUGUAAAAACUGUAAUUGAGCCAAUGGCUUCUGAAGGGCUCAGAACCAUUUGUUUGGCAUUUAGAGACUUUCCAGCAGGGGAACCGGAGCCAGAAUGGGACAAUGAAAAUGACAUUGUUACUGGUCUGACAUGCAUCGCUGUUGUUGGGAUUGAAGAUCCUGUGAGACCUGAGGUACCCGAUGCAAUAAAAAAAUGUCAGCGUGCAGGCAUAACUGUACGUAUGGUCACUGGUGAUAACAUUAAUACUGCUCGUGCUAUUGCAUUAAAAUGUGGUAUUCUGAAUCCUGGUGAAGACUUUCUGUGCUUAGAGGGCAAAGACUUUAAUAGGAGAAUACGCAAUGAAAAAGGAGAGAUAGAGCAAGAGCGAAUAGAUAAAAUUUGGCCAAAGCUACGUGUUCUUGCAAGAUCAUCGCCUACUGACAAACACACUCUAGUAAAAGGUAUAAUUGACAGCACUAUCUUUGAUCAGAGGCAAGUUGUAGCAGUAACUGGUGAUGGUACCAAUGAUGGUCCUGCACUGAAGAAAGCAGAUGUUGGAUUUGCUAUGGGAAUUGCUGGAACCGAUGUUGCUAAAGAAGCUUCUGAUAUUAUCCUUACGGAUGACAACUUCACAAGUAUUGUAAAAGCAGUUAUGUGGGGACGAAACGUAUAUGACAGCAUUUCGAAAUUUCUUCAGUUCCAGCUUACUGUCAAUGUAGUAGCAGUAAUUGUCGCUUUUACAGGAGCAUGCAUAACACAGGAUUCUCCACUUAAAGCUGUGCAGAUGCUGUGGGUAAAUCUGAUAAUGGACACAUUAGCUUCUCUUGCCUUGGCGACAGAACCACCAACUGAAGCUCUUCUAUUACGAAAGCCUUAUGGUAGAAACAAACCUUUGAUUUCUCGUACAAUGAUGAAGAAUAUUUUGGGUCAUGCAUUCUACCAACUCGUAGUGGUCUUUACGCUCCUGUUUGCUGGUGAGAAAAUUUUUGAUAUUGAUAGUGGAAGAAAUGCACCUCUGCAUGCCCCUCCUUCAGAGCAUUAUACUAUUGUCUUCAAUACAUUUGUAAUGAUGCAGCUUUUUAAUGAAAUUAAUGCCCGGAAAAUUCAUGGUGAAAGAAAUGUUUUUGAAGGAAUCUUUAACAACGCUAUCUUCUGUACUAUUGUUCUGGGAACAUUUGUUGUGCAGAUAAUUAUCGUGCAGUUUGGUGGAAAACCUUUUAGUUGCUCAAAACUCUCAAUUGAACAGUGGCUGUGGUCCGUUUUCCUGGGCAUGGGAACACUACUCUGGGGCCAGUUGAUUUCAACAAUUCCAACUAGCCGCCUGAAAUUCCUUAAGGAAGCUGGUCAUGGAACACAAAAGGAAGAGAUUCCUGAGGAAGAGCUAGCAGAAGAUGUGGAGGAGAUUGAUCAUGCUGAGCGAGAAUUACGUCGUGGUCAGAUCUUGUGGUUUAGGGGCCUAAACAGAAUACAAACUCAGAUGGAUGUAGUGAAUGCUUUCCAGAGUGGAAGUACCAUUCAGGGGGCUCUAAGGCGGCAACCCUCCAUCGCCAGCCAGCACCAUGAUAUACGAGUGGUGAAUGCAUUUCGUAGUUCUUUGUAUGAGGGGCUAGAGAAACCUGAGACACGAAGUUCAAUUCACAAUUUUAUGACGCAUCCUGAGUUUAGAAUAGAAGACUCCGAGCCUCAUAUUCCCCUUAUUGACGAUACUGAUGCUGAAGAUGACGCUCCAACAAAACGCAACUCUACUCCCCCACCCUCUCCCAAUAAAAAUAACAAUGCGGUUGACAGUGGAAUUCACCUUACAACAGACAUGAACAAGUCUGCUACCUCUUCAUCCCCAGGGAGCCCGCUACAUAGUUUGGAAACAUCACUCUGAUUGUAAGCUGAAUGUUAACACACUAGCUGCAUUGUAAAGAAAUUGAAACUGGGUCUCUUCACACUUUAUGAUGGACAAGAUGAGAUUCUUGUCUUGGACUUCAACAGAAGACACACUUGUACGAAUGUAGAUUUAUUUUUUUAAAAAAAGCUUUCUGCCAGACUGGAGGGUGCUUUUCUGGGGGUGGGAGUAAUAAUGAACUCUGACAGAUGAACAGUAACUCGGCAUAAGUGACCUGUGGAUCAUCUGUUGUACUUAAGAAUGGUCCUGAACAGUGUGUUAGCAGAGCUUUAGUUUAUCAUGAUCCUUUUUUGAGGGGAAGGCUGGGAAGGGCAAGGAGGCCCUGGAUUGUUGAAUUGAUACUUUAAUUUCUGCUGUUGGCUGUUAAUAAUUUGGAUUAUUUAUGUUUAUAAAUGAUACAGAUCUGUUUACAAGGUUUGUAGAUACUUUUUUGUUCCUGUUCAUAGAUGGGAAGCUUCCUUAUAAAUGAUGCAGAGAAAAAUAAUAAUAAAAAAAAAAAAAACUAGUCCUUCAAAUACUGCUGUAUUUUCAGGAAAAGGGUGUUUCUAUUGAAACUGUACUAAAUUUUGCCUGCAAUUUACCUUGUUAAAUAUUGUAGAUAAAUUGCUGAUACUAAUAGCCAAAUAGAUAACACUAAUGCUUUGUAAAAACAUGAGCAGUGGUGUUCUAAUGAAGUUAUGGCCUCUGUCCUGAUUAGUUUCUUAAAUACAUUUACUACUUAAUGGUUUUGAAACAACUGUUUAAUUUUUAAAAAUUUUGAGAAACUUACUGAAUAACUUUUGUUCAGAACUUAGUAGGAUUGUUUAAUGCAGGACAUCAAUAUGUGAUGGAACUUGCUUGAAAUAUUUCUGUUAUCUCGGGCAAAAUGGAUUAAAUCAAAAUACAUCAGAAUCUUAGUCCUUUGUUUUUGUCUAAACAUGUUAGUUUAGUGCUGUCUUGGUGAACUGUGAGUGGAACUGUGAUUUUUUUCUAAUCUAUAAAAUCCUUCAUGCAGCAUGAGGGCUGUUGGCAUUUUGAAAGGUUGUUAGUGGGUAGCAUACAUGUUCUCCUUUUUGUUUUUGAAACUUGUUUGUAAACAUGAAUAAACCUGCCCUUUUGUUAAAAUAAAAUUGCAGCAAUGGUUUA